AUGAAUCAAAAGAGGACUCGAGGCAAAUAUUCAGUUGGGGGAUGUGAGAACUGUCGCCGAAAACACCGGAAGUGUGACAAAACAACCCCAAAAUGUCUCCGAUGCAGGGCUGCAGGCCUGGAGUGCAGUGGCUUCAACGCUGAUCUUAGCUGGGUGACGACCACACAAAGGUCGUUGCGUGACGGGCGCAAGCCAACGCCAAAGUGCCUGAGGAACCACGAAGACAAUAGUCAAGAAAACACCUCUACAAGCAUUUCCCUACCUAGAAUCACAGCCCCGGAUAUCGAGGAUACCAUUGCAAAUGUCGAUAGUCAACUUACACAUUUCGAAGGGCACCACGAGCAUGUUACCGCUACACGCCCGACCAGUGUUUCCGAGACUCAGCCGCCAAGUCUUGAGAGCGAUGCCCUUGGCAUGACUGGCGACACCAUCAAUGGUAUCAAUGGUAGUGAGCAGGGUCAUUUAUCGAUGUUUCAACACCCUGCAUAUACGCCGGACUUCCUCGGAAACACGGAAAGUGUGUUGGACUGGCCAGAUUUAUUCAGCGUGGACUACUCCCUUUCGGAUCUACUCUCUCCCAGCUUUGGCAACACGCACCACGAUGUCCCAGAACCCCAGAAUGCUCGCUCGUCAAUUGUUCCUCCCUUAACAGCGCCAUACUCAGAUCAUACGAGACCUUUAUGGCACAGUCAGGAUGCUGCAAGUAGGUCUAGUCGACAAGAUGUCUCAAACAUUGGUCUCCCUUGCCUCGAGCCUCAGGGGCCUAUGAAAUUGGAGUUGAGUCAAGAUGACACCCAGAUGCUUCUUAAGCAUACCAAGGACCACUGUUUCCCACAACUGUGGUCAUCGCCGCUUGGGAAGAAAUCGCCACUGGAAACUCAUCUUACCGCAGCCGUUUUGACAUUUGCCAGCAUGACAUACCUCGCACCGCGUCAGAUAUCGCAUGCCUCAUUCACGAACGUACUUGCCCUUCUUGCGAUAUCUUCAAAGCAUUUGGCAGCACAGAUACGUAACGAAGACUCGGACAAGAGCGAGCAUUGGAACCAAUAUGGUGAGAGCGCGUACCAAAAGGCAAAGCAACAUCUCGAUUAUUCAUUGAGCACCGAGGUCUCUCCAAAAGUAGCAAAGUAUAAAGAUCUUAUCAUGGCAGUCUCAACUAUAGUAUCCUUCUCGAUACUCUACGAUAGACAGUCUGAUUCCAGAAAGUAUCUCAUUGAUGCUGAAAGGCUUCUACUGAAUCAAGGUCUACCCAAGCCACAUAUCUCCAGAAAGAUUUAA